GCAGCCAGUGCCCAGCAGGAGUAGAAGUCUCCAGCUGCGGCACGAGCCCAAAUUAAACGAGGCGGGGCGGAGGAGACCGGACUGAUUGACCCUACCUGCUCGACCCGAUGAGGAAGACGAAGACCCACCUCGCCAUAUAAAAGGCCUCCGCCUUCACAGCCGCGCCCGUUCCCGAGCUCCUCUUACUCCUCCCGGCGCCGGCGACGCCGAUCGUUCGUUCGAGUGUGCAGUUGAGCUGAUUGAUUUCAACUCCCCAAAACCCCAAUCCAGCAUUUCUCCCCCCAGCUCCAGACCAUAACCCUAGCUAGUUUGAUUUCAUGGCCGGGGACCCAAUGCCGACCGCCCUGCCGCCGCCGGAGAAGGGGGAGGAGCAGCCGCCGCCGGCCGUUACGGACCUUGUUGUCGUGCCGCAGCCAGACGAAUCGGAUCUGAAAUUUCUGGACCAUUUUCAACAAAUAAGUGGUUGCACUAGUUUUAUACACAAAGAUAUAGGAGGUCUUCUUGAGUGUGCAAAACUGCAGAAUCCGAUGCGUGGCUAUGUUCAUACUAAGUGCUGUUCUCGCAAUACUAUCUGUGGACGUGAGAACUAUUACCCUGUGGGUGCCUCGCUAAGUAAUCCUGAGAAGUGGACAUGUUUUGUUAAUUGCAUUCUCCAGUGUGUGGUUCACACUGUUCCUCUGGUGUUGAAGCUUCUGAAAGAUGAUCACAUAGAUGCAUGUCCUCGUGACUCUGACAAAUUCUGCUGUUACUGCUCCCUAAAACUGCACGCUGAUGAAAUUAUCAAGCGCUCUGGGUGUGUUCUCUACCCAAAGAAGUUUGUUGAACUCCUGAACUUAAUAUCUGAAAAUUUUGAGUGGGGACAACACCAGGAUGCACAUGAAUUCCUCCGUUACUUGCUCGAUAAAUUGGAUGAGGCCUCUGUUCCUCACAGUCCCCCAUCUGAGGGAUCCUCUUCAAUUGUCCAACAAAUUUUUGGAGGCCAGCUAAAAAGUCAGUUGCAUUGUCCAGAGUGCCAGCAUUGCUCAGACAGAUUGGAGCCUUUCGUCGACCUUAACUUAGAGGUUACCCAGAUGAGCAGUGUCAUGGAUGCACUACAUUCUUUUACAAAGAUUGAGGUGUUCGAAAAUUUUCCUUGUGAUGGGUGCAAAUCUCGUGUGAACAUGGAAAAGCAAUUCAAGGUGGAACAGGCUCCAGAAGUUCUCGUGAUCCAGCUUAAGAGGUUUCAAAAUCUGGGGAGUGCUAUCUCUAAGAUUCAAACCAAGGUGGAGUAUCAGCCAGAGCUGGAUUUAAACCCGUUUCUGAGCACCCCAGAGGAUAAACCUCAAUACUAUGAUUUGUAUGGAGUUGUAGAACACCUGGGUGUUCCAUCCAAUGGUCACUAUGUUUGUAUUAUCCGUCCAUCACAAACUGAUUGGUUUCUGUUCGAUGAUUCUAAGGAAAUAUAUCUACAGCUUGUAACAUUUUUUGUAUAUAUUUCGUUCAAGUACAUGGUUCUAGCUUCUAAACUUUCGUGGUGCAGGUUAUGAAGAUUUGCAAAGAUAGAGCUUUGGACAGCGAAGCAUACCUUCUAUUCUAUGUCAAGCAAGGUUCAUCUCCGUGGUUCUCUACCUUACUUAAGAGAAAGAAGAACAGUUCCGGUGACAGCGAUGAGGGCAGUUACACUUGUAGUGGCAGUGACAGUGACAGUGAUGAACAAGAGAAUGAGGGUUCUCCCGAAACCCCGUCUUGGUGUAAAGAUGAGGUCAGGGAUACCAAUGAUUCUCCAGAUGGAGCACUGGGUACCUUGGGGCUCAGAUCAGUCGGCCCCAACUCCGACAACAUUACUAAGGGCAAGUGCAUUACCAGUAUUGUCCAAGAGAAAGCAAUAGAAGACGAGCCUAUCAAGCAGUUUAAAGACAUGCUGAUUAAUAAGUUACGUAUGGCUGGAUUAACUGGAAGUGAGAUUGAGGAAGCUGCUGCUGUCAUACUUGCAAGAACGGAAGAAUCACAGAUGGUGUUUGCACUUAAGGCUUCAAGGAGAGAGUAUAUCGUUGAAACGCUCGAUGAUGGAUACAAAACUGGAUUAAAGAAGCGCAGGCGAAACGACACCAAAGUAGAAGGACACGAGCUUGGAGAAGUAUCUAGGGAAGAAGAGGAGUCCGGGGUGGGCAGCAAAGGUGGAGAUCCAAGAGAAUGCGGUGGUAGGAGAUAACAACAUAUACAUGGUAUCUAGCUAUUGGCUGCAGGUAGAACGCGUUCUGUAACUUGUUAUGUGGAAAUUGAGCAGGACAUCGCACUUUGAGCACUUCUAAGUUUUAACAGUCCGAAGCCACUUAAAUCAUAUUUAACUAUUGUUAAAAUUGACAUAUAGUAAGUUAUUCUCUGUAUAACACUAGAGCUUCUCAUA